CAGUUUCAGACGGGUGGGAUUCCCAAGUAGCUCCCCACUUCGGAAAUGACGCAAUGUUGUUGUUAUUCCAGGAAGUGAGCACGGGAAAGCACUGAACUGCGUCAACAAUUGUUUUUAUGAUACAUUCGACUUUGAGACGCUGUUCAGUAUGGCAACUAGCUGCUGCUGAUUGAUUCAUGGCACUGUUCUUGGACAGGACUUUAUUAAGUAACAUGGACACAUCAAACUUUGCCCACGUCAUCUUCCAGAAUGUGGGAAAGAGUUACCUUCCCCACGCUGCACUGGAGUGUCACUACACCCUGACACAGUUCAUUAAACCACAUCCAAAGGACUGGGUUGGCAUAUUCAAGGUUGGUUGGAGCACAGCGAGGGACUAUUACACAUUCUUGUGGUCGCCUCUCCCUGAGAACUAUGUGGAAGGAACCGCAGUAAACAGAACAGUGGUCUUUCAGGGCUAUUAUGUGCCCAAUGAUGACGGCGAGUUCUACCAGUUCUGUUAUGUGACUUACAAAGGGGAGAUACGGGGAGCCAGUACACCAUUCCAGUUCCGUGCCAACAGUCCUUCAGAGGAUGAACUGUUGACUGUGGAGGACGAAUGCAACUCUGACAUCCUGGUGGUCACCACUAAGGCUGGCUUUCUUGAGCAAAAGGUGGAAGAAGCCCAGCGAGAAAAAGAUGAGCUGGUCAAAAACAUGGCUGUUGUGCAGCAAGAGAGGGAGCAGCUGGAAAUGGAGAAGGAAGGUCUGCAGAAGGAGUGUGAGCAGCUGAAAGAAACCUGCGACCAGCUGAGAAGAGAGAACCAGGAGGUACAGAAUUCUGCCCAGUCAUUGCAAGAAGAAAAGGAGGAAGUAAAGAUGAGGCUGGAGGAGGCCACAGCUCGAGUCAUACAGCUGGAGGAAGACCUGAUUGGAGUCACUCAGAAGGGCCUGCAAAAGGAAACUGAGCUGGACAAUCUCAAGGACAGAUUAAAGAAGAUUAUUGCAGAGAAGGAGGCCCUUGAAUCCCAUCUCAAGAAUGAGAAAGAUGAGAAAGAACUGUACAAGAUUCACCUGAAAAACCGUGAACUAGAAAACACUAAGCUGAGUGCAGAGCUGCAGAUGCUGAAGUCUGUGGAUGUGAACAAGGAGAACACCAUUGCCCAAUUUAAAGAGGAGAUGGGCCGUCUGCAGGUGUGCCUCACUGAGAAGGAUAAACAGUACAGAGAGAUCCUGGCCAAAGUUUCCCCCCUGGGGGAAAUGAAGGCCCUGAAAGAGCAGCUGCGGCAGAAGGAAGAGCAGCUUCAAGCUAACCAGCAGCAGAACUCCCUCUUAGCUGCUGAAGUGAGGGACGCCUCCAGUUCCCGGGACCGGACCAUGUCCGAACUGUAUCGCAUGAAGCUCGAGGUCGACGCCCUUCGCCAGGUCAAGACUGACGCUCAGGACCAGUGUGUCCGCCUGGAGUGCAUCAUAGAGCGCAUGAAGACGGAGGCCAAGCAGGAAGCAACCAAAGUUGAGGAAGAAGCUGCUGCAGACACCGCUGUCGUAGCUGAGCUGCAGAGAGAGGUGGAGGACCUGAAGCUGCGGCUCCAUAUGGCUGCAGAACACUACAAAGAGAAAUACAAGGAGUGCCAGAGACUGCAAAAACAAGUGCUCAAACUGUCAGAGCAGCAAGGGGAGGUGAAGAGAAGCUCAGCACAGGAGGCAACAACAGUUCCCGCUUCAGCGAGUCCAGAUACAUCAGUGCCAGGGAGUCCAGGCUCUGCUGAUCCUAUGCUGGAAGCCAUCAUCCAGGAGAAGCUUAAAGGCAUUAGCAGAGAGGCAUCUGACAGGAAUGACAAGUACAGGAAAUGCAAGCAGAUGCUGAUGGAGGAAAAGGAACGCAGCUGCAUGUUUGCGGACGAGCUUGCUAAGAUGGAGGUGAAGUUGAAGGAGCAACUGAAGACCAAUGAGAGCCUGAAGCUGCAGCUGGCAGCAGAGGAAGAUCGCUAUAAGGGCCAGUUAGCUGAGAAAGGACGAGAGCUCAAGGAACUGAAGGACACACUAGCACUUGUUAUGAAGGAGAAGGAAAAACUGGAGGGGGAACUCCAGAAGGGCAGCAACAGCAGGAAGGCAGAUCAGGGGACCAGUGAGAAAAGCAGUUUGGAGAGUAGCCAGUCCAGCGUGCCUUUAUUCCUGCAGUACCCGGUCCCCUACACCCAGGACGCCCCCACCCCUCUGCUUGUCUCCCAGAGCCCCAGCAAGCUGCAUUUUGGGAACCCGUACGCCACCUCAGACUCAAAAGAUGAGGCGGAUGAGGAGUUCUCAGACGACCAGCUGCUCAGACUGCCCCCUGUGGGACCACCCUCCUGGGACAGUAAUGUGGUGUGUAUCCAGCCCUCACGUAACCACAGCCGACCAGAGGGCCACGAGGAGACGGAGGAAAAGCAGGACAACAAUGGUAAUGCCAGUGAACAGACCACAGCAACUGAAACAAAUAGCCCAUUUGUCAACGAUGGACAAACUGCGUUCUGCUUUGAUCCCAGCAUGGACAUGAAGCGAUGCCCGUUGUGUGAGGUCAUCUUCCCGCCCAACUACGACCAGAGCAAGUUCGAGGAGCAUGUGGAGAGCCACUGGAAAAUCUGCCCAAUGUGCAGCGAGCAGUUUCCCCUGGACUGCGACCAGAAGGUGUUCGAGAACCAUGUGCUCACUCAUUUCGACGGCCACCCGCUCAACUUUGACUAGACAGAAAACGAAACAUCUCCUCUGCCUACUUCCUGUCAACCACUGAAGCAAAUCACUCUGCACUCUUUUCUGCAUGUAAUGGUGUGAAGAUUCAGUCUUUAGGACUAUGCUGACUUUCGCUUUGUUACUUCAACUUAGAGAAACAUUUUAAAAUGAUAUUAUAAUUGAGUGUAUAUCACAGGGCUACUUAAUGUUUUUGGAAAUCAGAACAUUUUAAUAGUUGAAAGAAUUCACUUCAUUGGGAUCAGAACAAUUUAGGGGGAUAAGACUGUUGUAUGAAUAUAUACAGACUUUUAAUUGACUCAUAUGUUAUACUACAGGACGUAACAAAUCAGGGAAAGAGAUAAGUGUUUACUAAACUUACAUUUAAAAACAUCCCCCCUUAAACAUUUCAUCAAACAAGUCAGUUAGCUGAUUAUUUUUAGAAAGCAGCCUUGGUGCACUAUAUAUGCAGUCAGGGAGAAAUCUGUGAAUACAUCCAGACCUGAUUAUACAGUAUAUCAUCAGAUCAUCUAUUUUAGAAUAAUUAAAGCCAAUGAUAUUGUGAAAGCCUUGAUACUUGUGUAUGAUAUAGGUUUGUUUUUUGUUAAGUUUCCUUUAGUUUUACGUUUGAUUCAUUUGGUUGUUGUCUAACUCCUUAAUAUUCAUAUCAUCAGUGCAUGCUGGGCUUCUGUUAAAUUUCCCCCUUCUGUUCUAUUCUUACAGUAUUAAGUUAUUUCAUUCAUAGAACGGUUUCAUUUAAGUGGUUUUCUUGUAUCUAAUAAAGUCUGUUUGAAACGCG